AAGGAUUGCCCUUUUUUGGGUGGUUAGCUGUAAGGAAUAAUGGCUGGUUAUAAGCCUGUUGUUAUUCAAACAUUUCCCAAACUUGGUGAGAAAAUAACUCAAGACACAUUGUAUUGGAAAAAUUACAAGACUCCUGUUCAGAUAAAGGAGUUUGGUGCAGUAACAAAAAUAGACUUUUCUCCAGAGCCUCCCUAUAAUUAUGCUGUCACAGCUUCUUCAAGGAUUCAUAUUUAUGGUCGAUACUCCCAAGAACCAAUAAAAACCUUUUCCCGCUUCAAGGAUACUGCGUACUGUGCUACCUAUCGACAAGAUGGUCGACUACUAGUUGCUGGCAGUGAAGAUGGUGCUGUCCAACUCUUUGAUGUGACUGGAAGGGCACCACUUAGGCAGUUUGAUGGCCAUUCAAAAGCUGUUCACGUGGUAGAUUUUACAGCUGAUAAAUAUCGCAUACUCUCCGGAGCAGAUGAUUAUACAACUAAGCUAUGGGAUAUCCCGAAUGCUACUGAAAUUUUGUCCUUUAGUGAGCACACAGAUUAUGUGAGAUGUGGUUGUGCCAGCAAACUUAAUGCAGAUCUCCUUGUAACAGGUUCAUAUGACCAUACUGUAAAAAUGUUUGAUGCUCGAGUGAAGAAAAGUGUGCUGACUGUGGAGCAUGGACAGCCUGUGGAGAGUGUUCUGCUCUUUCCAUCUGGAGGCCUUCUAGUGUCUGCAGGAGGUCGCUAUGUUAAGGUCUGGGACAUUCUAAAAGGAGGACAAUUGCUAGUAUCACUGAGAAAUCAUCACAAAACUGUCACAUGCUUAUGUCUAAGCAGCUCUGGACAAAGACUACUCUCUGGAUCACUAGACAGGAAGGUGAAAGUGUACAGUACAACUUCCUACAAGGUAGUGCACAGUUUUGAUUAUGCAGCAUCAAUUUUAAGCCUGGCGUUGGCUCGUGAAGAUGAAACUAUAGUUGUAGGAAUGACCAAUGGAGUGCUAAAUGUUAAACAUCGGAAACCUGAAACAAAGAAGGAUCCUUUUCCAAGAAGACGAAGGCCUGCAUAUAGAACCUUUGUUAGGGGGAAAAAUUACAUGAAAAAACAGGAUGAUGUUUUGGUCAGUAGACCAUUAAAGACAUACUUACAGACAUAUGACAGAGAUUUGAAAAGCUUUCAGGUUUCCAAGGCUCUUGAUCGAGUACUUCAGCCCAGGUUUAGAGUCAAACAGCCAGAAGUUACAGUUGCUGUCAUUCAGGAGUUAAAUCGAAGAGGAACUCUCUCAAAUGCCCUUGCAGGGAGAGAUGAGAAACAACUUAGCAUUAUUCUUAGUUUCUUGAUAAGACACCUGGCUGAGCCAAGAUUUGCCCCUGUUUUAAUUAAUGUUGCUGAAAUGGUUAUUGAUAUAUACCUACCUGUGAUUGGACAGUCACCAGUAAUUGAUAAACAGUUUUUGGUGCUUCAAGAGCUUGUAGAAAAAGAGAUUAGUUACCAAGGACAACUAUUAGAAGCUUUGGGGAUGAUGGACAUGCUUUUUGCUACCAUGAUAAGAAAAGAAAGCACUUCUGUUUUCGACAAAUCCAAUGGUGUUUCCAGGGAACAGGAACAAGAUCCAAGCAGUGUAUCUGUUUGAUGCCUUGGUUGGUGAAUGAAAGCAAACUUUAAGUGAACUUUGGCCUAUUCAGUAUUGGAAAGGGUGUCUGUCUGGUGAGUGACUCCCUGUGGAUAACUUCAUAUGAGAAGUUCAUUGAAAUGUGUUUUUUCAAAAGAGACUGAACUAGUAAUGUUUGGAAAAGAAAUAUCUCCUUACAGUGUGUUUUUUGAUGAAACAAUUUUGUUUCUAUAUUUUGAGUAAUUUUAUAAAAUCUUCAGAUUGGA